AAGCUCUAAACAUAUUUUUCAAAAUCUUAUUUAUUAAGAUCAAUGUUUUGCUUAAACUAGCACCAAAAAAUAAAAAAAAUAAAAGAUCUUAGACACAUUAUUGGUAAACAUGUCAGGUGAAGGAGAAUGGAUAUCCACAAGCGAAGAUGAGCAAUCCACGUACCAUCAACCAUCGUUCGGCAGGAAGAACGGUUACGAUCCCGAGACAGGAAUUUACCAUUCAGUCCUCCAACUUAGUGAAAACCACAAAAUGACUAGUGAUUGUCCUGACCUUGACACAGCCAAAUUUGUGUUGUCACAAUUCCCAUCCCCUGCACAAGCAUCGUCACAAAUUGCACUAAUUGACACUGCUAGUAACCAAAAUAUAACCUAUGCACAACUCAACAGGUCCAUUUUGUCACUUGCCACGGGAUUAUACCAUGCGUUAGGUGUGCGAAAAGGCGAUGUAGUUUUCGUCCUAUCACCAAAUUCAGUUAUGUACCCAACCAUAUGUCUAGCUGUGCUAUCAAUUGGUGCAAUUUUAUCCCCUUCCAAUCCACUCAACACUGAAUCAGAAAUUGGAAAACAAGUACGUCUAUCAGGCCCGAAAUUAGCCAUUGCUGCACCUGAAGAAGUCCAUAAGUUAGUCCCCACAGGUGUGCCUACGCUUGUCACAACGCGCCCCAAGGACGAUGAAAAGUCAGUGUCAGUAGAGGACCUGAUUGAGAAUUGUGACCCUUUAGAACUACCUAAAGACAGGCCAAUGCCUUCGGAUACAGCAGCAAUACUAUAUUCUUCAGGAACUACUGGGGUUAGUAAAGGUGUCGUGUUAACUCACGCGAAUUUUGUAGAGAUUAUGAAACUUCUCAAGUACUACGUGGAGAUAACAUCAUCCCAGGAUGAUGUUUUCCUAUGUUUCAUACCGAUGUUUCAUGUAUACGGUCUAGCCUUUUUCGGCCUGGGAUUAUUUUGUUCGGGUGUCACAACUGUGUUGAUGCAAAAAUUUGAUUUCGAAGCAAUGCUGGAAGCAAUUCAGACACACAAAAUCAGUCACAUACCAGCAGUUCCACCAGUGAUUCUUGGGCUAGUUAAGUAUAACAAAGGUAGUCAUGAUAUAUCAUCAUUGCGAAGCGUUACCUCAGGGGCCGCACCGCUAAGCAAAGAGGUAGCUGAUGCAUUUCAAGAGAAGUUCCCUUGGGUGGAGCUCAAGCAAGGCUAUGGCCUAACCGAGACAACAGGUGCAGCAACAUUUUUCGUUACAAACAAAGAGGCAAAGGCCCAUCCAUCAUCAGUGGGAUUGUUGUUUCCAGGCUUCUCCGCGAAGGUGGUUAAUCAUGAAACAGGAGAGGCAUUGCCACCAUUUAAAGAAGGUGAAUUGUGGAUGAAAGGUCCAGGUAUUAUGAAAGAGUAUUUUGGAAAUGAAGAAGCAACUACUGCAACAAUCACUAAAGAUGGCUGGCUCAAAACUGGUGAUCUUUGUUACUUUGAUAACGAGGGGUAUUUAUAUAUUGUUGAUCGUAUAAAGGAACUCAUCAAGCAUAAUGGUUAUCAGGUAGCUCCAGCAGAACUUGAAGCAAUACUAUUGAGUCACCAUGAGAUACUUGAUGCAGCAGUUGUUCCACUCGAAGAUGAGGAAGCAGGACAAAUACCACUGGCAUAUGUAGUAAGAGCAGCCAGUUCUAGUCUCACACAAGACCAAGUCAUUCAUUUUGUUGCUAGCCAGGUAGCCCCAUACAAGAAAGUAAGAAGGGUAAAUUUCAUCAAUGCCAUACCAAGAUCAGCAGCAGGGAAAAUUUUGAGGAAAGAAUUGGUGCUUCAAAGCAACCAGCCUCUUCUGUCAAAAUUAUAAGUCUGCGCCGUCAGUAUGAAAGAUAUUUACGCUAUUCGUGUAAUUUUACCUGUUACAAUUGAUCAUUUGUCUGGUUUUACCGGUUAUGUUAUGAAAUGUCACGUAUAGGCUUUAAGUGAUUGAAUAGCAUAAAAUAUAUUUU